AUGACAGCGACGAAAAACCUAGAGCAAGAAACAACGGGUGCUCUACAAGAGCUGCGUGGUAACGAAAAAACGAACGACUCGCUCGCGUCAACCCAGAAAUCUAUAGAGUCGUCAAAGCCGCCGAGUCUCGAUGAAGUGGAAGCGAUCUUGGGGUAUGAGUUUAAGAACAAACAGUUGUUGGAAGAAGCUUUCACGCAUGCUUCGCUUGGCGAAAGCAUCUCCAACGAGCGGCUAGAGUACGUCGGCGAUUCCGUUCUUAAUCUGGUCUUUACUAAAGAGCAGUACUUUGAAUACCCAGAUUUGUCGCCGGGGACUUUGACCAGACUCCGGGCGGCUAAUGUCGAUUCCGAUAAGCUGGCUCGCGUCGCCGUCAAACACGGUCUGCAUCGGUUUUUACGUCACAAGAAACCUCUUCUUGAAGAGCAAAUUCAACAAUUUUCUGAAGAAAUACGGCGACAUCCUUUGCAUUCAAAUGGACAGGUUGAAGUGCCAAAGGCAAUAGCCGACCUUGUUGAAGCCAUAAUUGGAGCCGUUUUCAUUGACUGCAAUUCCUCCAUUGAUAUUGUUUGGAAGGUAUUCAAGGAUUUGUUAGAACCCAUAAUCAGACGUGAAACCCUAAAAAUACAUCCGGUCACUCAAUUGUACGAGGUGUGUCAAAAGAGAAAUUUGAAGGUAAAAUUCGUGGAUUUAUGGAGAGAAGACACGAGCUUCGAUGUGUUCGUGGAUAACCAAUUCAUAGGGAGAGGCUCGUGUAGAGACAAGAAGGAAAUUGCACACAAUAGAGCUGCCAAAGAUGCUUUGGAUAAUAUUUGGAAAAUCUUGGAUGAAAAGGAUGUAGAGUAGAUUUGGUAAUCCAUGUUUUAUGUAUUUUGUGACCAU